UAUCACCCCCAUCCUCGCCCAACUCCACUGGCUCGGUUGCAAUUUGGAUGUCUACCUCUGGAGGUCGGCUCCCCUGUUGUUUCCUAUUGCUCUGCAGCUCAUUUCAUUUGGAAGCUAAACCCAUGAAGGCAGCCAAUGCCAUACUGAUAUGAUGCCCUGAACAUAGAAAACUAAAGCAGUUUUAAGAAAUGCUGCAAAAGGCUAUUGACUCAGCAAUAUCUCAUGAUGAAAACCCUUUAAGUGUUUUGCUGGAGUCCAGCGACAGUACAAAGCCAUACAAAGCCUGCUCUAGCCAUUAUAAUUAGCUAUAAUUAUAGCUAUACAGUAGCUAUACAGUGGGUCUGCUCUUGAUCAGAUACUCUUUGAGGUUUUUCCUGCCUGUGUGCAACUUGAUGGACACCCAGGUUUGCUUUAAAUUGCUGCCUUCGAUCCUAAUAGGAUCCAGAUUAAUACCAAUAAGCUGAGGUUGCGUCAUUCAAUGGAGUUCCAGUUGCUUUUAAAGAGGCCUCAUGUGAAAUCAACUGAACACCACUGCAGAUCCGAAGGAACAGAGCCAUAAUGUAGUAAAAUAAAAUCAUCCAAACUAAGUACUGUUAGAAUUCAAAUCUGGCUCACGAUCCUUCCUGUUUGGAUUAUUUUAUGGUCCAAGUUGGUAAUAGUUGCCAUGUUCUCUAGGGGCUUUUAUUUUCCAAAAGCGCAAGAAUAUUAAUCAUCAAUUGCAUUUUUGUGUUUUUGGAGAAUGACGAUGCAACUCGACUGGCAAGAAAUGAACUUGGCAAUCCAUCGUUGCCUUUAAUACAGAGCAGCUCUGAAGUUGGCUAGACGUAAGUAAUCUCUACAUCGAUGAGGUGAUGAGAAGUGUCUGCAGAAGUGUGACCAGGGAAGUCUAAUUAUUGUAGCGAUGCCUCGUCGAGGACUUCUGGUGCAGGCGUGGACACGGGGGCUGCUGCUAGGCUUGGCUCUGUUUUUUUGUCUGAUUUCCCUUUUGUACUUGCUGGAGUGUACGCCUCGGCCAGACAAUGGCUCACCCCUUCUCGGAGUCCCAGGGAAGCCUUAUGGCAAAGAGUACUAUCAGGCUCUCCUGCAGGAACAGGAGGAGCACUAUCUGACUCGUGCUGCAAGUCUCAAGCAGCAGAUCACACAGCUGAAGCAGGAACUUCAAGAAAUGAGUGAGAAAUUGAAAUCUGUGCAGGAGAAAAAGGGGCCAGCUCUGAAUGGUGGAGCACCCCAGAACAGCAAAGAAAAUGCCCCGAAUGAUCUUCUUGAGUUCUUGCACUCACAGAUUGAUAAGGCGGAGGUUUCCACUGGUGCUAGGCUAUCCAGCGAGUACGCCGUCGUGCCCUUUGAAAGCUUCACUCUGACGAAGGUGUACCAGCUCGAGAUGGGUUUGACCCGGCAUCCUGAAGAGAAACCGGUGAGGAAAGAUCGAAGGGAUGACUUGGCAGAAGCCAUUGAGGCUGGACUGGAGGUACUGAAUAAUCCUGAUGAAGAAGAGGAUGGUGAACGAAUACAGAAACACACCUACACUGAGAAUGACUUCAUUGAAGGUUACUAUCGUACGGAGAGAGACAAAGGGACCCUGUAUGAGCUGUUCUACAAAAAGGAAUUCCUGGAAGAAUUCCAGCAUGUGACGCUCUUCCGGCCAUUCGGACCCCUCAUGAAAGUCAAGAGUGAAGUAAUUGAUACUUUGAACCAAAUCAUUAAUAUCAUUGUCCCCUUAUCUGGCAGGACAGAAGCCUUCUCUCAGUUCAUGCACAAUUUCAGGGAGGUGUGCAUAUUCCAGGACAAGUUUGUGCACCUCACAAUUGUCUAUUUUGGGCAGGAAGGAUUGGAUGAAGUGAAGAGGAUCCUGGAGACCAUUGCCAGUGAAACCAAUUUUCAAAACUACAGCCUGGUUCCAUUGGUUGAAGAGUUUUCUCGUGGGCAUGGCCUGGAUAUGGGUGCCCGGACUUGGGAUAAGGGCGAGGUGUUGAUGUUUUUCUGUGAUGUCGAUAUCUAUAUCUCUCCUGAGUUCCUCAAUAGUUGCCGGGUAAACACAGAGCCUGGUAAAAAAGUGUUCUAUCCAGUUGUGUUCAGCUUAUACAAUCCUGCUAUCGUCUAUGCCUACCUAGAUGGUUCACCGUCCAUUGAACAACAACUGGUACAUAAAAAAGAUUCUGGGUUCUGGCGAGAUUUUGGAUUUGGAAUGACCUGUCAAUAUCGCUCAGAUUUCCUUAGCAUUGGCGGCUUUGACUUAGAUGUGAAAGGUUGGGGUGGUGAGGAUGUCCAUCUCUAUCGCAAGUACCUGCACAGUGACCUGAUUGUGGUGCGGACACCAAUAUCAAGCCUUUUCCACCUCUGGCACGAGAAACAUUGUGCGGAUGAGCUGACACCAGAGCAGUAUCGAAUGUGCAUUCAGUCAAAAGCCAUGAACGAGGCUUCGCAGGCUCAUCUUGGAAUGCUGGUUUUCCGGGAGGAGAUUGAGGCCCAUCUCCGGAAGCAAGCCUACAGAACUGACGGUGAAACUCCUGAUUGAGCUGGAGAACGCUUUACGCCUGUUUUUCUAAAUGCUUGCAGUUUCCACCAGACUCGUAUCAAACUGUGGGGACCACAGCAGGCUAAAUGGAUGUUUUACAGUGUGCUGUUGCUGUUCUUGUUUACUGUCUCUAGUUACACAGCAAGUUUACAUAUUUACAUCUCAUCAGGGCUGCAUUUUAAAGCAUACUGUUUACACUCACAGUUAAAGGCCUAUAUCACAGCUUCCAAGUACCACAAGUAUUUCUAUGUUCACAAGAAAUAGCCGCUUAGCCUCUACCCUGGGCCAGCUUUUCUUCACUUCCCCCUCCCCCUUUUCAGUCACUGCUGGUCCAGGUCUGUGCUCUCUCAGUAGCUGUGAGCACCAGUUCAAGAUUGUGCAUACAUAGCACAGAAAGGUGGUGCCUUUUAGUUUAAAUAAUAAUCCUUGUAAUUGAUAUAGCGCCUAUCAGGUCAUAACAUCUAGGAGCGCUUCACAGUUUUCUGCAAAGUGUAAGGACUAGUUUUGUUUAGGCAAGCAAAUGCGAUAGCCAAAUUACACACAGCACUAUCCCACAAAAAGUUACAAAGAAAAUACAUUU